UUUACACUUACCUGAGUUGGGUAGUGAUAGCUGCCCAUCGGGUCAUCAUGGAGUCACCCUUUCCACUCACAGAGAGGAGCUGUUCGGGGACUGACUAAUGAUAUAUCAAUGGCUGAUGCCUGCCUGUUUGGCGAUUGAAUGGUGGUUAGACUAACAUCAUUUAAUACACAUAAGUCAAGUUCAUCUAUGAGAUUGUAUAUGUACCUCUACUGUUGUUUGUAUGGCAACCAAACAAAAUAUAAUGCGCAUUAAAAGCACCCAUAAUCAAUCAUAAUCACCAAAGCACCAAAAAUCAAUAAAUUCGUUUGUUGUUACAAUAUUCGCAGAGAUUGAAAAAGUUUGAAGCUAAAUACUAGGAACUUUGUCACCUUGUUGACGAAGCCUGGGAAAAGGGGCGCAUUCCUAAAUUAUACUGAAGCUGAAUGCUUGCAGCAGUGAACGAUGUUCGUCUUCAUAAAACACCAAUACGAACGGCUGCAAAAAAGUUCGGUGUACCAAGAAUAACGCUUACAAAUAAAGUAAAAGGGAAGUCACCGAUGGAACGAAAAUGGGUCCGACAUCCAUCCUUACACCAGAAGAGGAGCAUAAAAUAUGCGACUGGGUGCAAAAAAUGGCAAAAGCGGGUUUUCCUGUGACAACCGAACAGUUAAUUGUGAGUGUAGAGAAAUACUUAAAGGAAAUAAAACGUCCAUGUGUCUUAUUCAAGCAUGGAAGACCAGGUAGAACAUGGGUAAAGGCAUUUAUUCGGAGAAAUCCGACAAUUUCCAAGAGGAUAUCACAAAAUUUGACAGCAUCGAGAGCCAGGGUAACAGGUGAUCACCUAUCAGAAUGGUACAAACGUGUGUAUAAGGAGUUGGAAGAUAGUGGCCAUGCUGAUAUAUUGAAUGAUGCAUCGCGCAUUUUUAAUUGCGAUGAGACAGCAUUUUUUUUAGCACCAAAAGGACCUAAAGUGCUUGCUAGGAAAGGUGAAAAAAAUGUUUACCAGCAGGUAAAUGCUGAUGACAAGGAAUGUUUAACUGUGUUGGUAACCGGAAAUGCAAACGGUUCCCUAGCCCCUACCACGAUAUUGUUCAGCUAUAAGCGGAUACCUCAAGAAAUUGCAGAUAACUUUCCUUCAGACUGGGGCAUAGGAAAAACCGACUCAGGAUGGAUGACGUGUGAAGCAUUCUUUGAAUUUGUGGCUGAUAUAUUUUAUCCUUGGCUGAUUAAAAAUGAAAUAACUUUACCGGUUAUUCUCUUUGUUGAUGGACACAUAUCUCAUUUAUCACUUCAAACUAGCCAGUUUUGUGAAGAAAAAGGAAUCGUGUUAGUAGCACUCUACCCUAAUGCAACCCAUUUAAUUCAGCCAAUGGAUGUGGCAGUAUUUAAGCCACUAAAAGAAGCCUGGAGGAGGCAUGUACAAAAUUGGAGAAUUGAUAAAAUAAAAAAUGACGAGCCUCAUAUGCUUAAGAAAAAAGAUUUUGCCAAGUUAUUACACGAGGUAAUGGGCAAUACCAUAAGUAAAUCAAUUUUGGCAAAUGGAUUUAAGAAAUGUGGCUUAUUUCCGUGGAACCCAUUGGAGGUAAAAGUCCCACUUGAGAGUGUUAGCGAAAAGCAGGACAUAAGCGAACAAAUUCAUUAUCUGAAAGGGGGCUUAAAUUUUUUAAGCGAAUCUAUCAGUCCAGAAAAAUUAGUAGCAUUUGAUGCAACUCUGGAUGAAUGGUCAGGUGAUUUGGCUGAUUUAUCGCUGUUCAAUUUGUGGAAAAAAACAAAAGAUGAACUGAAAAGACUACAACAAUUAAACCAAAUUAUUGAUUCUACAUUAGCAGGGGCUGAAUCGUUAGGUGUUUCUGUAGAAGAGGCCCAAUUAUGUGAUCUGAAUUUUGAAGGAUUUGACACAUCAGGCAUCACCAUCGAUGCGUCAGCAUCUAAUAAUAAUAAUGGUGUUUUGGAAACCACAAUGGAAACAACAGCAACUGCGUUACCUAAUACUUUUGAUGACAACAUGUUAGUCACAAUCCCAGGAUCACCAACAAUUAGCGUUGUUGAAGGUGCACUUAAAACCACUAUAGAUCAAUCGGACAUCAUUGCUCCUACUGACAUUUGAAUUGAAUUCCGGUAUCAAUAGUGUUAUUAGCACUAUUUCUGUCGCUGUACCGGAUAAUGUUCCCAGUCCCUUUAAAAAACAUUUCUUGGCCAACAUCAUAUUAAAAAGGAAACGCCUAAAUCACGUCCCAAGGAAAGAUUACCCACAAUUGUUUCAGGAAAAAGUUAUCAGGAAUAUCUACAGAAGAAAUUAAAGCAAAAAGAAGAUCUUGAACGAAUAAAAGUAGAAAAGGCUGCUGAAAAGCUUAGAAAGAAAGAAAAAAAAAGAGUCAUUAAAGAGAAUCAAGACUCUCACAAAAUUAGAAUCAACCAAAAUAAAGCGGGUAAAACCUGCGAUUCUCUCCCUCCAGUUCAGACUCGGAUGCUGUGGUCUCUUCAGGAGAAAGUGUGAUUGAGUCAGAAAAUGAGAUUGUAAGAGAAUCACCAAUUGUGGGAUUAAAACCCCCGCAAAAAGUAGAUGGAGAAUUUGUCAUAUUUAAGUACGACAGUAACUUUUAUCCUGGAAAAGUACUUAAAGCUACGAAAACAGCAACAAUCUCAUCUAUGAAAUCAAAUGGUCGUUUGUGGAAAUGGCCCGAACAUAAAGAUGUGCUCGACUAUCCCUGGGAUGCAGUAGUUGCUCAUAUAGAGGCUCCCAAGAAGACCAGUUCUACGAGAAAUGUAUUUGAUGUUCCAGAGAUACAUUCCUUGAUAUGAUAAAUUUGGCAAAAAGUUUGACAUUUACGCUUUGUGUUUGACAGUGUCCUUUUGUUUUAUAACCAUCUGUUGGAGCUUUUAAAACCUUGUUUUUAUUUAAAUUAUAGGCUUAAAAAGGCCUAAUUAUUAUUAUAUUUCAAAUAAAACGUU